AUGAAGUUUGUUGGCUUGGUGUUACUGAGUGCAGUUAUUGUAACUGCUGACAUGGCGAAAGAGCCGUUUGAAAUUAAUGGUUUUGAUUCUCAUGACAAAUGCAAUAACCAAGACUUGGCUGUGCUGAACCAUUGUGCCAAGGAAGUUCUCAAAAAGCUGGAUCAAUGUGGAGCUGAUGAUCUGGCGUGUGAAUGCUGCGCCUUGCAAUCAUUAAAGCACGUUUGUUAUGACUUGUGUUCCGAUUCUUUUUCAAGUAACUUUUUAAAUGUUUUGUAUGAAGAUUGUGAACCUUUCAAGGAAGUAAAUGCCUGCAGUUUUCAAUUCAAAGAAAAAGACUAUGCAUCCGCCAUAGGAUCAAAAAAGAACAAAAAGACUAAAAACUCAGUCUUGAAAAUGGAUGGGUCCAAGAUUGUAUCUGGAAACAGAUCAGUGAGCCAAGGAUCGACCACUUCCAAAGUUCCCUUUAUCACAAAAGGAAAAUAUAAAACAGAGGCCCAAAAAAAUAGAUCUAGGGAUUCGACGCCUCCAGGACUACAGGUUAAAGAUGAUAGCAGAGUUAGCCCAGACGGUAAAUUCUUGCAAGGUUCUACUUAUAACCACACCAACACAUCAAAUACAACAGUGAGCAAGCAGGAUUUGUCCUCAUCAGUUAGACUCCUACCAAAAGUGUUAGCAUUGAUGCUUGGUACAUUGGUGAGCACAAUCGUUGUAUAA